AUGCUUCCCACGCCAGACACUUCUCAUGUCUCCUUUGACACCAUUUACGAGCCCUCCGAAGACUCAUAUCUCUUUCUGGACACACUCGCAUCAGCAUCCGAGUCACAAUGGCUAUCAGACCGAUUCCAAAAAGGCACCUCUAGUGCUGUGCCAUUCGUUGUAGAGGCGGGUACAGGCUCUGGUGUCGUACUGGGGUUUGUUGCGGCGCAGUCGCAGAAGAUAUUCGGGCGUCAAGAUAUCCUCACCCUGGGAACAGACGUGAACCGCAAUGCCUGCAUGGCAACACGAGAAACCGUCUCUAGAGCGAUCUCCACAGAACAAUCAAGUUCAGAAACCACCGCGCUCAAGACUGUCCACAUAUCAUCAUUAACAGGAGACCUUUGCUCACCUCUUCGACCUGGAAGCGUUGACGUUCUUCUUUUCAACCCACCUUACGUUCCAACCGAUGAGCUGCCACGCCUGCCAACGGCGUUAGAGAAUGAUCCCACGGCAUUGAAAGGGAUGUCAACCUCUGCCAGAUUUGACCAAGACUCUUAUUUUCUCUCGUUGACCUAUGCGGGCGGCGCAGAUGGAAUGGAAACGACAAAUCGAUUGCUGGACUCAAUCCCUGGCAUUCUGUCGGACCGCGGAGUCGCAUAUGUGCUGCUUUGCAAGCAAAAUCAACCCGAGGUGGUUAAAGAGCAAAUUCGUGGCUGGGGCGGCUGGGACGCUGAGACGGUUGGUUCUAGCGGUAUGCAAGCUGGCUGGGAAAAGUUAGUUAUCGUGCGGAUUUGGAGAAGCCAGAAACCUUAG